AGUGGCCGGUUGCUGCCCCAAAAUCUUCUCAGAGAUUCCCCGCCACGCCAUGUCAGCACCAUCGAAUACCCUGCGGUACGAAUACCGAGGCCUGGAUAGCCCCCGAUCUUUUCGGCUCCUCAAGUUGACCAAGGGCGCGAAGUCCGACCCGCUGGAAUGUGAGCUGAGCGUCCACAAGCUUCAAGACCUUCCUUGUGGUGUUCGGUCGACCGUUCCCGAAUUCCAGGCUCUCUCAUAUGUUUGGGGAUCUGACCCGCCAAUCCACGAAAUACGAUGCGAUGAUGGCCAUUUUCGGAUCACGGAAACUCUUCGGCGAGCGCUAUGCCGGCUGCGACGGCAAGACCGCCAUAUUUUUGUGUGGGCGGAUGCUAUUUGUAUCAAUCAGUCGGACCUGAAGGAGAGGAGGCAACAAGUAGCCCUCAUGAGGAUAAUAUUUUCCCGGGCAAAAAUGGUCACGGCAUACCUUGACUUGAACGGGACGCUUUCGGUCGAAAGCCAACGAGCGCUAGCCCGAGAGUUACAGGGAAUGGGGUCCGAGGCACGCCCCGCUCGAAGCUCUCGGACGCCGAAGUUGGCGCUGUUUGCACAGACUCAAAACAAAAUUCCUGCAACGGCAGUGGAAAUGACGGUUGCCGAAGCCCCGCGUUCAUCCCGUCACCUUCGUCGAAAUAUCGCGGCAAACGAUUUCCCACCACAGUUCGCGGCCGUGCUUGCUGCAUUCUUCGAUAACCCCUGGUUUAGCCGCGUAUGGGUUGUCCAGGAGGUUUUCGAGAGCAGGAAAUGCCGCGUUCUUUUCGGCGAGGAGGAGGAGGUCCCGUGGCUGAAAGUCAUUGCUCUCGCCCGCUGGCUAAUACAAAGUCGCGGUAAGGAGUCAAUUGGCGUGCAAGUUCUCCGGCUCACAAAAACGAAUGGGGUCCAAAAUGCUCUCUUUAUGCAUAGCGGAAGCACCAUCUGGGCUCCGGAUCCGAUCCCCGGUCUACUGCAGUCGGUGCGCGAUUUCGGGUGCACAGAUCCUCGGGACAAGGUUUAUGCCGUUCUUCACAUGCCAUUCAAGCAGGCGCUCGUCUACCGCAGGAUGUCGUUUCUCGCCUCGUCUAAAUACUUGCACUUCUUCGUGCAGGGGACUGCCAUGAUGUGUAUCUUAAUCCAAUUGUGCAGGCAAGAUCCGACGGACCUGCUAUUCUGGUCCCUGUUGCUCUCAGUCAGUUAUAUGACGCACCACAUGGUCACCCUCGCGAGAACUGUUGCCCGGGACUUCUUCCAACGGCUCUUGAACUUCAUUUACACGACGUUGUACAGAAUGGUUGCCGUGCGAAUAGUGGAGCGCACGAAAAGCCUUGACAUGCUUUCUUAUGUCAACCACGGAAAAGAAGUUGAUAUCAACUACCCGUCAUGGGUGCCUCGGUGGGAUGUCCCUGCAGACGGGCUACAGCCCCUCAUAUCACUCCACCAGUUCCGAGCCUCUGCGAAUAUCCCUCACGAACUAAAACGCUCCUCGCGUCCCGACCAUCUUGUGGUGGCCGGGCUGCGCUUCUCCACUGUUUCCUGGACGACCCAAGUGUUAGAUGCCACCGCGUCAACUUCUAUUCCCAACCAUGUCGUCCAUAGGCCUCAGCCUCCGCUCACGCCGGGUAGGAGACAUCCUAGAACGAGACAAGUCUCGGCUGCCGGGCAUAUACGUGCCCAUCAAUCCACGGAACUGGCUCUCAUGACAUACGCCCAAAGUAGGCGGCGGUUCGGCACGGAGCGUGGCAUGGAGGGGAUUGGACCGCAAGCUAUGAAGCCCGGCGACGUUGUCUGCGUUCUUUUCGGCGGUCGCGUGCCGUACAUCUUGAGGAAAACUGAUACCGACAACGUGUACAGAGUCGUUGGCGAGUGCUAUCUCAGGGGAAUAAUGUUGGGCAGACCUAUAGAUAUAUUAGUGCCGCCCUUGAUCAGGGCCAUUCAGCAAUUAGUUUUCGUGGGCCUGAUCAGCGGCCGUGGCUUGGCCGCUCCUUUUCAUCAAGUUUUCUCUCCAUUCGCUUUCAUCCUUUUCACGCCCGACCUCACCUACUAUCUAAUCUCCAACUUGUGUACCAUGACGACCUUGAAAUACCCCCACCUCCGCGACGAGGAAUUCAGGCUCCUUUACAUCGAUAGGCGAUCGAAAAGUGUUCGAUAUUCCUUGAAGCCUUUUGCCCGUGGCAGCUCUCCAGAGUAUACAGCUCUGUCAUACGUUUGGGGCAGCUCGAAGCCGUCCGCCCGCCUUGCGUGCGACGCUGGAGAUAUCCCAAUCACUUCCGAGCUUAAAGCUCUUCUCGAUCGAUUUGGAGAGAUCCCAUCCCUCGCAGAAGUCUCGUGGUUUUGGAUUGAUGCUAUCUGUAUUAAUCAAAAUGAACCGGACGAAAAGGCAAAGCAGAUUCCUAUCAUGGGCGAGAUCUACAGUGGUGCAUCGACAGUGACCGUCUGGCUCGGCGAGGCGGAUGAGGCGACGACAAAAGCGAUCAAAACCAUCUGGGACCCCGCCUUCCUAGCACCCUUGUCAUGCACCUAUGCGGUCCCCGGAAGUAUCCCAUCUGAAGACGCCCCGGUAUGGAGGGCAGUCCAAAAUCUUUUUGCCCGCGGUUGGUUCAGUCGCUCAUGGGUCGUACAAGAACUGCUGCUGGCUAGGGAGUGCCGUGUCGUGUUUGGGAACGAAGUAAUUCCUUGGGUCCUGAUUUUGACGUACUGGGCCUAUCUAGAACUGGGAAGACACGACCUUGUCGUCUCGCAAAGGAAUAAGAUCGGACGCACUGUCAUGUCCCCGUUUGGGAUGCUUCUUGCUCCUGGACCGGAGCCUGGGGGUACGAGAUGGGCAAACAUCGUUGGAAGCAACAACCUUCGAUGGUCCUUCAAGCCGCGAUACCACGUCGCCGGCCUCCUCGACUUAAUUCGAGGCCGCGCAUGCCAGGAGGCACAUGACAAAGCGUACAGCCUACUAGGGCUACUCCCCGAAGAGAUACGGUCGAAAGUCCCCGUCACCUACAAAACACCCUACCACGAGGCCCAUCUUUCGCUUGCAAAAGCGCUUCUACAGCCACCCGGGCUUUUGCCACUUGCUCUCGCGCCGUCUGUUUCCAAGUCACAGGACCUCCCAUCCUGGUGUCCCGAUCUCAACUCCACCGGGGCUAUGAUGCCGUACUGGCACCACUUCAACGCAGGACGACUCCCGCCGGGCCUCUCCUCAAUUGCUCCAUUUGAGAUCAUCGGCCCACAGAAUGUGCUCAAGGUGCCUGGUGUUUUCAUAGAUGUUGUUCAAACAGCCAGCCCGCUUCCGGAUAUAGGACAGGUUAUAGCCACGCAUGAUGGUGCUAUGGAAAUGUCCAAGUUCCUACGCAAUUAUUCUAGCGAUCAGAUCGCUUCCAUAUACACACUCGUCGCUGGCGUUGACCGAAACGGUGCGCCAUAUAAGAAAGAUCAGCUACUCACUGAUUUCGAGGAAGCAAAUGAAUAUCUCAAAAUAUUCCUCGCGGACAAUCGAAGCUGGGGCCCGAACACGCCCUUCACGGCUGCACUCCUCCAAGCCUGGCGCGGGGCUACGCUUUCAGUACAGCAACUGAGCGGCUCGGCCUUGGCCCGAAGACUCUUCAAGAAGGAGACCGCAUUGCCAUCCUGCCGCGAGGAUCUGUCGCCGGAGUUAGAAGAAGACAGCGAGAGCGACAGACGCGAUGAUAUGGAGGCUUGGUUGACUGAGAGUGACAUGGACGAUCUAUCCGCCAGCGACGAGCUUGUACUUGCCCAAAUCCCCUCGCAAUUGCCAUUACUUCCUGUCCCCGACGACGCUUCUCAGCCCGACGAUAGGUUGUGUCACGACUGCUCACUACUCAGACUCAAGAGAAGACGCUUCAUCGCUGAACUAUGCUGGACAACGGAUGGCACGAGGGAUAGGGACCAGCCAUGGAUGGCGCGCAGUGAGAUUCGCAUUCUUCGUCUGUACGGACGCACUGGUUCCGGCGGAUACCUUGGCAUCGAACAGAUGAAUCUCUUUCCCUCCAUCGCCUUACUCGCCAACGACAUCCCCAGCAAUGCUCCGCCCCAGGCACAGCGCUUUCUUCCUCGACCCAUUCAGUCUAAUUCCAUAGACUUCAAGGUCGUUCGGCGCUGGUUGAAACUUUGUGAAGUUAACCACUCCAAAGUCUGUGGAAACCCGUCUACCCAUAAAGAGCUGGGGUGGACGGACCCAGCCGGGAAUAUUCCGGACUUUCGGUUUAUCGACCUCGAAGACCGCUGCAUUGUUCGUGCAAAGGACAAGGAUAAGUCUCGCUAUGCUGCACUCAGCUACGUUUGGGGAUUGAAGGAGUUUUUCCGCAUGACGACGAAGAACCUUCCCGUCCUCGAGCAGUUAGGUGCGCUCGACCGUGCUGAGAUCUGGAACCAGAUACCUGCUACAAUCCAGGACGCCAUGGUGGUAGCCAAAGAGAUUGGUGUCCGCUAUCUCUGGGUUGACAGUCUAUGCGUGUACCAGGACCGGUUUGACAUCAAAAAUAUGACUGAUGAGGAAGAAACGAUCUUCAACAAUAAAAUGGAGUCCAUUCGACUGAUGGACUAUGUUUACGGCGCUGCAUAUAUUGUCAUUUGCGCCUCUGGGGGUACGGAUGCUUUUGCGGGCAUAACUGGCGUCCAACCAGGCACGCGUGGCUUUACGCAGCCUAUCGAACAGAUCUCCCUGGCUUUCGACUUGCCUAUCGUCACCAAGCGCAUGACGGGAUUCCAAGAAAGGCACUUCGCUACCCGUCUUCUCAGCUUCCGUAACGGCCAAGUCUCUUUCCGAUGCGCUUCCGAUAUUAGUUUCGAAGAGCACACGUGGGAUGAUGAAUCCAUCAUUUCUUCGAAGCCACCGCCGAGCUUUGCCGGCGAGGGCAAUGAUAUUGGUGACGGAGUGGAAGGGCCGAUACAAAACUACUCUGAGCUGCAGCUCACACAGCAAUCUGAUAUAUACAAUGCCUUUGCCGGCGUCGCCCGUCAGAUGCGGAUGCGACUGAAAUGUGACAUCUGCCAUGGCAUUCCGGUCAAGUAUUUUGACUGGCUCCUCCUUUGGCACCCUCUCAAAAUUGAUCCAACUCGAAGACAACUCGCCCCGAGCUGGUCGUGGUCGGGUUGGCAAGGCGGCGUGUUCCCGCGCAUGUGGGACUGGUACACGCGCGACAUGCGUGCCAUUCGGAAAGCUCUGAGGCGGCGUACUUGGAUUAUAUGGCACCAUAGGCACGCUCAUGACACCUCCGGCUACAGCCUUCUACAUAGAAAUCGACAGACUGGGGGUCAAGUGCCGCGCAACUUCUAUGGGGGCCCCAUUCGCAACCGCUUCCCUUUUGACUGCUCGCAGACUGAGCCAACUCGACGCGUCCUAUCACCGCCACCCGCGGGCGCCCCUGAGCCGCCCUCAUACUACUUUGACAUUAUCAGCACACGGCCGUACUCCGGCUUUCUGCAAUUUUGGACGGUGUCCGCCACCUUUGAAAUCGCCGAGACCAAAACGCCGUGGCCAGGGAAGGGUCUCCGCCUCCAGGCAAGAAACUAG